AUGUACGCCGAGGGGCGGAACAUCGUGGUGCUCCUCGACAAUGCGAGCAGCCACACAUUCAAGACGGAGGGCGCAACGACGGAAGACAUCUUCGGCUUCCGCACAUGCUCGAUCGGGAAUGUCCGUCUGGUGUAUUCCCCCCCGAACACCACCUGCUUCACCCAACCCCUGGACCUGGGGCUCAUCCCCAUGGCGAAGGCACGGUACUGCCAGCAUUGGCUCCGCGCCUUCACUCGUAUGAGGUCCGCCGAUGGCGCAACGUUCGCGGCGGCUCGUUUCAAGCCGAACCUCAGGGACAUGUUGGAUUGGCUGAGUGACGCAUGCAGCAAUGACGGCAACGGCGGCACAGGCAGUAAUGCUACCGACAUCGGCCUCGAUGAGGAGGUGGAUGGCGUUGGCCUCCUCAUCGACCGGCUGUGCCUCGGGUCGAGUGCGAUGGCUGCCGACGCUUUCGUCGGCAUUGACGACCACCAGCCGACCUGCGCCGAACCGGGCGAAGAGCCGCUCGUGAGGGAGCCGGCGAUGGCUGCGUCGGGUGAAAUGAGGGAGGCGCCCGCUAACAUGCAAGAUGUCUACGAUGACUGCAACCCGGCGUCUCGCGAAGCGGGGCGCACGGCGCGAGCGGCCUUCAAGAUGAUGAUUGGCUAUACGCGGGCCACGUGCAUCACCCCGCGCGACCUUUGCACAUUGUUCGACAUCCGCAACCCUAUUAUAAAUGUCCGGAUGGAGCGCGCAAGUUCGCCACUUGAUCUGAAUUCCACCCCGCCCCCGGUUAUGACUCAUGCUGACACCCCACUGCCUGAGACCCCGCGUCGCCAUGGUCGGGUGCUGCCGGCGUAG